GUAUGCAUGUGAAUGCCCCGAACCAGAAUAAUAAUCCCUCAUCCUCCAGCCUACCCUAGCGCCAGCUCAAUCCAACCGGCAGCGGCGAUGGCAGCGGCGGCUGCAGCGAUGACUGCCAUUCUCAGGCCUUCCAAUCCUCAUUUCAUCUACCCUAAGCAUCGUCUCAGUCCGCGUUUUUAUCGACUUUGUAGUUCCUCGUUGACCUCAUCACAGCUCGCCAUCCCCAAUGUUAUUGACAUCCUCCGUGAGCGCGGCCUUGUGGAAUCAUUAACCAGCGAAAACCUCCGAUCGGCUUGCUCUAAUCCCAACAGUACCCCUGUCAAAGUUUACUGCGGCUUCGACCCGACUGCAGAAAGCUUGCAUCUUGGUAACCUAAUCGGAAUAAUCGUUCUGCAUUGGUUCCGGCGAUGUGGCCACAAGACCGUUGCCCUUAUCGGCGGCGCCACUGGCCGGAUCGGUGACCCCUCAGGGAAAAGCUUAGAGAGGCCGGAAUUGGGCGUGCAGACCAUAGAGAAUAACAGCGCGGAAAUUAGGGCUCAACUCUAUAGAAUUCUUCACAGAGCUAACAAAGAGAUGGGGUUAAAAAGAGGUUGCCCAAACGAUGAAAUUCUGAGCUUACAUCCUAAAGAUUUGGGUGAUUCUUUUUUGGUUCUGGAUAAUUUCGACUGGUGGAAGGAAAUUAAGUGCAAGGAUUUUCUUAGAGAAGUGGGGGGAUAUGUCAGGGUUGGAACUAUGACGGCGAAGGAGAGUGUGAAGAAGAGGCUGAUGUCUGAGGAGGGGCUUAGUUUCACUGAGUUUUCCUAUCAGUUAUUUCAAGGUUAUGAUUUUUGUCACAUGUUUAAGAAUAUGGCUGUAAAUGUUCAGAUAGGUGGAACCGAUCAAUGGGGAAAUAUCACUGUUGGAACUGAGUUUAUCCGUAAGAUUUUGCGGGUCGAAGGUGCCUAUGGACUUACGUUCCCACUUUUGCUAAAAAGUGAUGGAUCAAAGUUUGGGAAAUCUGAAGGUGGUGCCAUUUGGUUGUCUCCUGCAAUGUUGUCACCUUACUUGGAGGAGAUUCAAGAGUUGGAGGAAAGUAUGAAGAAGCCUGAUUAUGUUCCCAAUUCGGUUCAAAGGAGGCUUGCAGAAGAAGUAACACGCUUUGUUCAUGGUGAAGCAGCACUUGUCGAAGCAGUGAAGGAAACAGAGGCGGAUGACGUCUUUAUUUGAUAAUAUUUGGUUUUUCCCCAACCUCACUUACGACUUACUAUCUACCUUAUAAAAACCGCGAGCCCCGACUUUCUGGUUAUGUUUUCUGUGGUUUACCUUUCGUUCGUGAAACGGCCCCCAAGGUGCCUGGUUCAUCUCCUCACUCUCGUUGGCACCCUAUGCGUCCGCGGCUCCUCUUCGCCAGACGACCCCAAGCGCAGCCGCUCUUCUGUUUUCUACUCACGCCGAACGCCGAUCUAGGUGGAGCCUUUCCCAGAAGACUACAAACUCUAGGAAAAAAUAUUAUGUUUGGACAGCCAACAGCCACCCAACACCGACGUGUACGGCGACGACGAUUAGCCGGUGCAGUCGUGCGGUGUGGAGGUAAAAUUUUCUCUUACUCUAGCCACCUAUCUCCUAUUCUCUCCUCAAACCGAAUGUCAGCCACCUAAUGUAUGCGUUUCUGAUGUCUAUAGGCGGAGAAAGUAAAUGUUUAAUAAGUGUCACUUAUUAUUGCGGGGUGUCAUUGAGAGUCAUUGAGAGGACCUUUGAAGUUUGGAAGAAAAAAUAGGUUAUUCUA